AUGUCCCUACUCAAGGUCACGAUACUAGUGUACCAUUAUGCCUUACUCUUGAUAUUCCCAAGUAGGGGAUGCCAGGCGGUGCAGUGGCUAUGUUUCACGAUGAGUCACAACAAAAGCACGCUACAUAUUAUUUCUCAUGGCCAUUUCUACACUUCAAAAUACUAUCCACAGAAUAUUAUUGUCGCCAUGGAUGUCAUCAUUCUACACAAUCGCAUCAGGGAUGUAACAACCGCCCUCAAAGUUGCUAUUGAAAUCUGCAACUCUGCCACAGACACCCAAUCUGUACCAGUACCUCUCCAGACACUUUCUUCACAGCUACCAUGGGCCUUGGCUGCAUUCGAUAAAGUAAGAGAAGGUAUCCCGACAAUUCAUCCAACAUCGCCAGACGCUCUCGCCUUGGAGAGUAUCAUCAAAGGCUGCGUCAAAAAGUCACGCUCGCUCAAGGCUUAUUUGCGUGGGGUAAUUCCUCAAGCCGAGUUGUCAAGACUUGACCGAUGCAUACGUUUUUCAGGUCUGGGAGCGACAGUGGACAUGGUAGUGGAGUUGAAGGAUGGCCUGUUUUCUGACCUCAAAACCUUGGCAGAUAAUCGUGCCAUUGAAGUAGAAGCCGGGGAGAAUAUCAAGGCACUAGUAGGCUUUGCGACUGGAGAGCCGGGAUUUGAUCUGUGGGGUGUUUCAGAUAGCGAUUAG